AUGUCCGGACAAGCAAUCCUCUACGACCUCUCCCACAAAGGUCCAGAACCCAACACAUGCUGGUCCCCCAACGUGUGGAAAACCCGCCUAAUCCUCAACUACAAGAAAAUCCCCUACACCUCCCAAUUCAUCGACCACCCAAACAUAGCCUCAACCCUCUCCUCCUUGAACAUAACCCCCAAUCCCUCCCCACCACCCGGUAGCUCUCCAGCUCCAAAACCCUCCCCCUACACCCUCCCAGCCAUAAAACUCCCCAAUGGAACAUCCCUCCAAGACUCCGCAGCCAUCGCCCCCAAACUCGAAGAAACAUGUCCCGAACCCUCCUUACAUUUGGAAACUGGCCUGCACGAGCAAGUGGGGAAACUCAUCGGUGGCAUCGCCAUGCCGAUGCUCAAAGUCAUCUACCCGGCCAUCGCUCGCAAUAUCAUCAAAGAGGAAUAUCUGGACUCGUGGUUGGCGGGUAAAGAACCUAAACUCGGAAUGUCAAUGCAGGAAUUCGAGGCUUCGGGGGGAGAGAGUGCUUGGAAAGCUGCGGAGCCUGGGUUCGUUGCUCUCAAGGAGUUCUUGGCGAGUAAUAAGAAAGAUAAAGGGCCGUUUAUUCUGGGAAGUCAGGUUUGCUAUGGGGAUUUCAUCAUUGCUGCAUUGUUGGAGUCUGUGAGGAUUAUUGGGGAUGGGUUGUUUGAGCGGUUUGUGGGGUAUGAUGAGCAGCUUAGAGAACUGCAUGAGGCGUGCGGGGAAUGGUUUGUUGACAAUAAGUGA